AUGGCUGAGUUUGGAAAUUUUGAUCUCUGUGAUGACGACCCGUUGCUGUACCUUCUCUUUGAUAAUGAUAUCCUGGCCGCAUUGGAUCUCCCUUUUAUGGCCCCAGCAAGCGUUGAAGAGACUGAAGAGGUCGAGAAGGAGCUGAAGAUGUCUGAUAUGGAGGGACUUCCUAGCCCUGGUAUGCCCACCCCCCCCCCCCCACCCCCUUCUAAGAGAUUCAAGUCAAUGACUGAGGAAGAUCUGAAACAGUUUGAGGACUCCAGACAAUCCAUUUCAACAAAAAGAAAUACUCAGUGGGGAGUGAAACUCUUUCAAGAUUGGCACUUGGAGGUCUUUUCUGAUGUUCUUGAUUUCAAAACUGUCACUUCUGAGAUCCUUGCUGAAAAACUGAGGAAAUUUUAUUGCGAAGCCAAACCCAAAUCAACUUCAGAAAGGACGGCAGAGUUAACAGUUGCACAAGCUGAAAAUUAUCACAAAAAUAGUUUAAAGAAUCUUCGCGCUGCAAUCAAUAGGCACCUUCAGGAUUUGGGUAGAUCCAUCGAUAUUGUUCGAGAUAAGGAAUUUAAAACAGCGAAUCAUACUUUAGAUGGAAUGCUCAAAUCCCUGACAAAAACUGGUGCAUCAAGGACCACCAACCAUAAAACAGUCAUUCAUCCUGAAGACCUUCAGCGCAUCUCUACAUAUUUUCUUUCUGCUCCGCAUUCUCCAAUUGUCCUUCGCCAGUGUGUUUGGUACAAUUUGUCUAUUCAUUUAGUUACAAGGGGUUUAGAGUUUCAUCAUCAAUUACUAAUGGAUUCUUUUCAAUUUCACAAAGAUGAGAACAACUUAGAAUACAUAACUCUUCGUCACGAAACACAACAGAAAACUUCCAAGGAGGUAUUGCAUCUGAUGAAGCUCCUUCUGGAAAGCGUAUAUACGAGGUUCCUAGAAGUGAAACCUGUUGCGCUUGUUAAUGAGCAAGACAGAUCCCAGUGCUACAAGUCUAUUUAA